GACGCUGAGUGUGCUUCCCUCGGUGCCUUCUUUUUCCCGCCCGCGUCCCUCCGUCGGCCUCUGAGGCAGCGGCGAUGGCGGUGGCGGCGACCGCCCUGCCCGGAGAGCUGGCCCAGGCCGUGGCCGGGGCGCGGCUACUGGUGGUGGGCGCCGGAGGCAUCGGCUGCGAGCUCCUCAAGGACCUGGUGCUCACAGGGUUCGCCAACAUCGACGUGAUUGAUCUGGAUACUAUUGAUGUCAGCAAUCUCAACAGGCAGUUCUUGUUUCAAAAGAAACAUGUUGGAAGAUCAAAAGCUCAGGUUGCCAAGGAAAGUGUGUUAAGGUUUCAUCCCGGAGCUAAUAUUAUAGCUUACCAUGACAGCGUAAUGAACCCUGACUAUAAUGUGGAAUUUUUUCGUCAGUUUACCCUAGUUAUGAAUGCCUUGGAUAAUAGAGCUGCCCGUAACCAUGUGAACAGGAUGUGUCUGGCAGCUGAUGUCCCCCUUAUAGAGAGUGGAACUGCAGGCUACCUUGGACAAGUAACAGUUAUCAAAAAGGGAGUGACAGAAUGUUAUGAAUGUCAGCCGAAACCAACCCAGAAGACCUUUCCAGGUUGUACUAUUCGCAACACUCCUUCUGAACCAAUCCACUGCAUCGUGUGGGCAAAGUAUUUGUUCAAUCAGCUGUUCGGAGAAGAAGAUGCUGAUCAAGAAGUGUCUCCUGACAGAGCUGAUCCUGAAGCUGCUUGGGAGCCAGCAGAAGCUGAGGCCAGAGCAAGAGCAUCUAAUGAGGAUGGUGAUAUUAAACGUGUUUCAACCAAGGAAUGGGCUAAAUCAACAGGAUAUGAUUCGGUUAAACUCUUCACUAAGCUUUUCAAAGAUGACAUCAGAUAUCUGCUAACAAUGGAUAAGCUCUGGAGGAAAAGGAAACCUCCAGUUCCUCUAGACUGGAAUGAAAUACAAAAUCAGGAAAACAGCACAUCUGAUCAACAGAAUGAGCCUUCCUUGGGCUUGAAAGACCAACAGGUUCUGGAUGUCAAGAGCUACGCACGUCUGUUUUCUAAGAGCGUAGAGACUCUGAGAGCUCAACUAGCAGAAAAAGGUGAUGGAGCUGAACUUAUAUGGGACAAGGAUGAUCCUUCUGCAAUGGACUUUGUUACUUCUGCUGCGAACCUCAGGAUGCAUAUCUUUAGUAUGAACAUGAAGAGCAGAUUUGAUAUCAAAUCAAUGGCAGGAAACAUCAUUCCUGCAAUAGCUACCACUAAUGCCAUAAUAGCUGGUCUGAUUGUGCUGGAGGGUUUAAAGAUUCUCUCAGGGAAAAUAGAGCAGUGCAGAGCAAUCUUCCUUAAUAAACAACCAAACCCAAGAAAGAAGCUACUUGUCCCCUGCGCUUUGGACCCUCCUAAUCCCAAUUGCUAUGUGUGUGCAAGUAAGCCAGAGGUGACAGUGAAACUUGAUGUCAACAAAGUCACAGUUCUGACGCUACAAGAUAAGAUAGUGAAAGAAAAAUUCAAUAUGGUAGCACCUGAUGUCCAGAUAGAAGAUGGAAAGGGGACUAUUCUGAUCUCCUCCGAAGAAGGAGAAACUGAAGCAAAUAACCACAGGAAGUUGUCAGACUUUGGGAUCCGAAAUGGUAGUCGGCUGCAAGCAGAUGACUUUCUGCAGGACUAUACCCUGCUGAUCAACGUACUGCACAGCGAGGAGCUUGGGAAAGAUGUGGAGUUUGAAGUUGUUGGUGAUGACGUUGUUGGUCCCAAACCAUCGGAACAGCCAGUCACUAAGAAUAUCACCAAUGGAAGUGAUGAUGGGGCACAGCCCUCAACAUCCACAGCUCAAGAGGAAGAUGAUGAUGUACUGAUAGUUGAAACUGAGGAAGGUUCUUCAAGCAAUGCUGAUGACACAGAAAGUAAGAGCCGGAAAAGGAAGCUGGAUGAGAAGGAACACACCGGCACCAAACGGCUGCGCUCAGAACAAUUGGCUGAAGAGCAGGAUGAUGUGAUAGCACUAGACUGAGUGCUAGAAUGCUCCAACCAGUAGGGCGUGCCAAUAGGAUGAUUGCUAGGGUGUGCAAAAUGUCUACAACUAGGACUCUGGCUUACAGUAUCUUCCCAUUCUCGUUUGGUAGGACUUAGAACUUAUCCAGUAAGAUUUAGUAGACAUCUAGUUUAUAAGCACUGUGGGCAUGAAAACGAAGCAUGUCUAAUUAUAUAAUACCUGAAAGAUGGAUUGGUAUGGGAAAAUAAAACAACUCCUGUUUGCUGAAAUGGUUUUAUCACUUGGUAACUUCUGAGAGGUUUUUAAUUCUUACUGUUUCUUAGCCUAGCCUAGUUCUCAUCAUUUUUCACACCCUCAAACCAAAACCUUGAAAGCGAAGGAAGUGUCACGUUUCAGACAGUCAGCCGGCACAAUGUACAUUACUGUAAAACAAUGUUGAUUUGUCAGCUAGUAUUGCCUGAUGUGUCAGUGUCAGAAACGGAUCUUGGUGUACUGUUACAGCUUCAGGUUAUUUAUAUGGGAUGUUUUGUAAAACUUUAUUGCUACUCUUACCAUUCAUCUGAUGGACCAAAACAACAGACAAACUAUUUGCUACAUUUGUUUGAAAGCCCACCUACUGUAUAUGGAAGUUGAGGAUUUGUAAAGUGUAUACAGUCUUCAUACUUAAAGCUGUACUAAUAAUAGUUUUAAGCAUCCUACAGGGCUUCUGAAAACAUCCUUUGUUGGAAUUGAAAAGGGAGGGGUUUUUUUUAAUAAAACAUUUUGUCACUGCA